CACCUCUCCAGCUAACUUUUUCAUUCUUCAGAAAAAAAAUGUGCAAGCCCAUAGCACCACCUCCACCACAUGGCCGCCACUUCCUGCUCCUCCUCCUCCUCCUCCUCUUCCUCUCCUUCACCAUCACCAAUGUCACCGCCACCACCACUAAAAAAUUCAAAGAAGCACCACAGUUCUACAACUCCCCAAACUGUCCUUCCAUCGUCGAAUUAGAUAACAUUAACGAUGAUCAUGUCAUGUGCUCUCCCCAGGCUGUCCAUGUAGCUAUGACUCUAGACGCCGUCUAUCUCCGUGGCUCCAUGGCUGCAAUAUUCUCCGUUCUUCAACACUCCUCCUGCCCUCAAAACAUUCUCUUUCACUUCAUCUCCUCCUCCACCGACAUAAAUCAUCUUCAUGACACAAUUUCUCACUCAUUUCCUUUUCUCAAAUUCCAAAUCUACCAUUUUGACGGCACUGCUGCUGCCGGCCUUAUCUCCACCUCAAUCCGCUCAGCUCUUGACUGUCCACUCAACUAUGCCCGCAACUACUUAGCCGAUCUCCUCCCAUCAUGUGUCAAGAAAGUGGUGUACUUGGACUCCGAUUUAGUCCUCGUUGAUGAUAUUGCAAAACUGGCUGGUACCCCGCUGAAUAACCAUGCAGUAUUGGCAGCACCUGAGUACUGCAAUGCUAACUUCACGUCAUACUUUACCCCGAGCUUUUGGUCAAAUCCCACAUUGUCUUACACAUUCGCUGGACGAAAUGCUUGUUACUUUAACACGGGUGUUAUGGUGAUUGAUCUGGAGAGAUGGCGAGAAGGAGAAUAUACAAGAAAAAUAACAGAAUGGAUGGAGCUACAAAAGAGAAUGCGGAUCUAUGAGCUGGGUUCUUUGCCUCCGUUUUUGUUAGUGUUUGCAGGAAAUAUAGCGCCAGUUGAUCAUAGGUGGAACCAACAUGGGCUAGGAGGAGACAAUUAUAGAGGUCUGUGUAGAGAUUUGCAUCCGGGUCCAGUGAGUUUGUUGCAUUGGAGUGGCAAAGGUAAGCCGUGGGUGAGACUUGAUGCCAACCGGCCCUGCCCGUUGGAUGCUUUGUGGGCACCGUAUGAUCUCUUGCGAACACCCUUCUCUCUUGAGUCUUAGGAUUUGGUACUAUAUCUGUAUUAUGAUAAUAAAGGUUUUAUUCAGUCACAUAUCAAAAAAACAAAAAAAAAAAAAAUCAAAGGAGAAGAGAUCUAUGAAGGUAGAAUUUAGAAGAUCUUUGUCUCUGUGUACAUUACAAUAUGCUUAUGUUUUUGGUCAAAUAUGUACCCGAGAACAGUGAAUUACAGUUACGGCUACUAAACAAAGAAACCAGGAAUUUAAAUGGUUUAUUGAA